AUGAAGUUUCAAACUUUCGUUUACUGUUCGCCGCUUUGUCUAUUGGCAAUGGCAAUGGAGUCCAACGCCUUUUCUGGUUAUGUUACCAGUAGGAAUCAAUAUUUUCCCUCUGGAGCCACUGUGGGGACUGCUCCACGAGGAAGUAGUCGCUCGGCAUUAGCUCUGCAAGCGGCUCAUGUUUCGUUCUCCGGAACAGCGACAUCGAAAUAUCCACUCUUUGUAGCCAGUUCCGAUGGAAUGAAUCCUCGACAAGAGAGACCUUCUCUGAGACAAAAAUUACAGACUGCACUUCUCUUGCUCUCUCAUUGGGUAUCCCAACUAGCCCGCAAAGUACGGCUUCCUCUGGCGGUCUUGAUGUCCGCUUGGAUGCUGAACUUUGGAGGACUCUCGCCACUGCCCGCACACGCCGCCAGGGCAACAGCUACUCCGACCAAGGCAGCCCCCAGCCGACCUCAAAAAAGGCCCAAGCAACAACAGAAAGCAUCAGAAACUGAGAAAUCCACGUCGUCGAGCAAGGACCGCAACAUGAAACGAGCAGUAAUAGCUCUUGGAUUCGGAGCAAGUCUGUAUUCCGUCACCACGAAUCGCAAACGUGGUUUUGGACAGGCGCAACAAACUGAUGGUGAAGCACCACCCAUGAAAGUCGUGGAAAAACUGACAUUGGAAGACCUAGAAGAUUUGGAACACUUGGAGCAUGAAAAGACAAUGGAAGUAUUGACCACUGAUGUGGAAAUCGAGGAAUCCAUUGCGAUUACUUCCGAGGCGGAAUUCCCACUCACUUCCAAUGAUGAUGAUGAUGUUGAUGAUGAUGAAAUUGUAGCCAAGAAGAAAAAAGAGGAGGACAACCCCAUUAUCGAAUUCCUCGAUGCUGUUGGAGCCAAUCCCGAAGUCGUCUACGGAUUCUUGGGAUCAUCCUUGUCGUUUAUGGCGUCAGAGAAUCUUCUCAUUUCGGGAAUUACCUUUGCUUGGAUUUUCAAGCUGUUUAAAGAAUCAGAGGCGUCCGACUUCACCGAUGAUGACAAUGGUGAUCAAGAUGACGAAGAAGGAGUGACUGCAGAAAUUGAAGCAGAUGACGAAGAAGAAGUGAUUGCAAAAAUCGAAGAAGAAACGGAAGAAGUUAUUGCAGAGAUCAAAGAAGAAAAAGUGGAGGAGACCGUGAUCGAAACGGAAGCUGUGGUGGAAGAGAAUAAAUCACAUGUAGUUCUUGAAGAUUAUAGACCAGAAGAACUGAUGGCUGAAGCAUCCUCUAUUGCUGAAGAAUCACCCCAAGUGCCAGAAGAAAUUCCCACCGAAAUAACCGAAGAAGUCGUCGCCGAGACCAGCACCAAAAUUGAGGAGAUUGAGGUCACAAACGACAGCAGUGAUGAAGCAGAAGAAGAGAAGGAAGAAGAAGUCAUCCCAAACCAAGAGACAAUUGAAGAGGUAGUAGCAGAAGAGGCUUCUGAGCCCCUUGUUCACGAAGAAGAAGAGGAAGAAGUCAUCUCAGAUCAAAUUGAGAUUGAAGAGGUUGUAGCAGAAGAGACUACCGAGCCCAUUGUAAAGGAAGAAGAAGAAGAAGAAGAAAUCAUCGCAAACCAAGCGACGACGAUUGAAGAGGCUGUGGCAGAGGAGACUGCCGAGCCCAUUGUAAUCGAAGAAGAAGAAGAGAUCAUCCCAGAUCAAAUUGAGAUUGAAGAGAUUGUAGCAGAGAUGACUACUGAGCCAAUUGUUCUUGGAAAGGAAGAAGAGACCAUUCCAAACCAAGAAGAGAUAGAGGACUCUGUACCAGAAGCAAAAAUGUCGCUUGGAGACAGGGCGUACAAAGUUGUCGUGGAUCUCGGAUUGAUAGAAUGGGACAUUAAAAAGAGGGAGAAGAAGUAA